ACUUAGUCAAAAUUUACGUUUUUAUGCUUUGGCCUGUUCCCAGAUGCCCAGAAUAUGGAAUUAACGCUGGAAAAGAAGCUGCAGGGAUUCCAACUGGUGGCACAGGAAAAGCUGCAAGCUAUACUGUGUUCGAUACCCGGCAAAAAGGAGCUGAUUCUGGAGCCCGCUCUGAUUAAACCGCUGGAACAUGUCUGCACUGCCUCCUGGUUAAAAUUAAAGGGCAUACAGAGGAUCUAUAAGCAUGAUGCCAAACAGAUUGUGCCACGCUCUGCGGAUGAGGUGCAUAUUUAUAUGAUUCGCAGCGUGUUGGGCACAUACCAGACUUUGCUGCGCCAGCUGCAACCGCUGGCCACGGUGGAGACGCCCGACAUAUCCCUGAAGAUGUACCACAUCAUCUGUGUGCCCAGCUGCUAUACGUAUUACCAGACGCUGCUCGAGCAGGCGGGCCUGUGGGGUCUGGUGCAGCUGCAUCACUACAAUUGGGAUUUCAUUUACUUUGACCAGGGUGUUCUCAGCCUGGAGUUGCCAAAUUUAUACGAGUGCCUGUACCUGCAGUGCGAUAAUUCGCCCUUGCCUGCCGUGGCUCAGAGCCUGCGGCUGCUCCAAAUGAUCUGUGGCCCACCUGCGGUUAUACUCAGCUUUGGCUCACACUCAGCGCAGUUGCUGCAAAUGCUACAGGCCCUGGGCAAGCCACCGAAUACCACAAACCCACCCGAUUAUGGCGGCUGGCUGAUCAUCGAUCGGGACAAGGACUAUCCCUCGAGUCUGCUCACGCCCGCCAUCUAUGCGGGUCUGCUGCUGGAGGUAUUCCAGCAACGGGCAGGGGAAAUUGUCGUUGAUAACUCCAAGAACAAGAUCAGCAGUCAGCGCGUGGAGCUGCUGCAGAGCAGGCAGCCCAAGGGGACGACGAACGCCGGUAAACCCAUCUCUGUGCGUCUGAACUCUGCCUCCGAUGAGAUCUAUGGCGACAAUCGUUACAAGCACUUUGCGCAGGCCAGCAGUUGGAUACGCGCGCAGGUCAAGGCCUUGGGCUUGGAGCUGCAGAAGUUGAACGACAUGCAGCUGGAGGAGAUGCACGACUAUGUGGCCCGAAAGCUGCCAAAACUCACGGAACUGAAAGCCAAAGUCUUGCGGCAUUUGAAUGCCAGUGAAAUUGUUAUCCAAAUGUUGGGAAACUUUCGUAGACUUCAGACCCUGGAGGAGGAUAUUCUGAAUAAUGUGUCGAGGAAGAGACUCCUGGGAGAGAUUGAUGAGCUGCUGACAACAGAUGGCCAGCGUUACAAUACCCUGCGACUGCUGUGCCUGCUCCAUCACUGUGCGGGCGUGGCACCCGAGGAGCUGCAACUGUUUGCCAGGAACUACUGCAACAUGUUUGGCCAUCGGGAGUUGGGUGUGUUCCAGCAGCUCGCUCAAGCGGCGUUGCUGCCUCAGCUGUUGCCCGACAAGAAGGCGCCCACAAAGCUGCUGGCCAAUCUCCCACUGCCCAAGUUCCAGCAAACAGAGUUCCAGGCCAAUGCCAACCGCUUGAAGCUGCUUACGUCCUGCGGCGAUGGUGCGGAUGGUGCUGCUACCUCAAAGGGCCAACAGGGCGUGCAGUCCUGCCCCAGUUUUGUGUUCAAUGGCACCUACAUACCGCUGGUGGCACAGCUUUGCUCCAUUCUGCUGCGCGCCAACAAUGCUGAAGAGUUGUCCGCCAAACUGGCCAUGGUCGAGGGCAUGCAACUUCAUUUAGAUAGCAGCAGACAGACGCCGACGACGCCCAAGGCCUAUGCUGCACAGCAGAAGGCAACACCACCAGGAGGAGGUGGUAUGGAUGCGGUGGAUGUGUUCCCCCUGCGACUACGUAAUCUCUUUGUCUUUGUGGUUGGCGGGGCCAACUAUGCGGAGAUAGCUGCCUGUGAUUUCAUAUCCAAAUUGACGGGUGCCAACAUCACAGUGGCCUCCGACUCUCUAAUGGCUGGCAGUGAUCUAAUCGCCGCUGCCUUCAGCAACUGAAUUUAGUAAACGGAAAUCUCUCUCUUCAUUUUAUAUACAAUUUAUACGGGAAUUUUGUAAUAAAAAGUCAGACACCAUGUCCGCCCUUCAUGCCGGGCACGCGAUACAG